AUGAAAAAAAUUACAGGGGGGGCGUGGCCUGACACGGAGCUGAAUGGACGUGCACUGAUUCAGCUCCCUGAACAUCGAGGUGCAAUCCAACGCCAUCGGAGGCCUGGAGGAAGAAUGGGGAACCCCAAAAAACACGCCAAUGCUCAGGGGGCAUCCAGCAAGACGCCUACCGUGAAAUCCAGCACUUUUACACGGUAUUUCAAGGACGCGACGGCCCGCGAGGACGAGGCCGCAAAUUCCAAUAUGGCGGCGGAAUCGGCACCAUCAAGCCCGGCACCAUCAGAGGGCUCAUGCGGUACCUUCACACAGGCAACUGAUCCUGACAUAAAAGAUAUGCUGAGGAACCUGCCCUCCAAAGCAGACAUGGCCAAUAUGAUUGGCAGAUUAGAAGCAGCUCUGCAAUCUAAAAUCGACGCCAUGGGCACAGACAUACAGCAA